AUGGGAUUGGCAUGCCUGUUGCCUUCAAGCAAUGAGGCCGGCAAUGGAACGCAUGGGGACUCUGAGCUGAGCGCCUCGGAGCGUAAUCGACGCCUUAUACCCUACAUGGCAUUCUACUUGCCAGCACCUGAGCUGCCCAUCAACAAACAAUAUGCCAAACAGCAACCGGAUGCCGGAGGCGGUUCACAGCUGCAGGCACCUGCAGCUGGUCGAAUACCAGUGCCGCUGGCAUACAUGCCACAACCGCAUGGACCACACCCGCCCCCAAUACCGCCACAUCGUCAACUUCACCAUCAGCAGCAGCAUCAUCAUGUGCCUCACUAUCAGACGAGUGCAGGCGAGGUCUAUCAUGCCCUUGCCAUAGGCAACCAGCAGCAACAACAGCAACAGCAGCUUCUGCCACCUGUCGUUGUGAAGGAAGCUUUGGCAAAGCUGCCGCCCCCACAACCACCGGCAGCGCCGGCAAGAUUGCCCGAUGGCGCCACUUUUAUAGCCUACAAGCCAUUGCACUCGACGCACAAGCACAAGACGGUGCAGCAUUUUCCGCCGCUGCAGCAUCAACAAAAACAACAACAACUGCAACAACAUCAGCAACAACAUCAGCAACAAUAUCAACAACAACAACAGCAGUUCGAGCUGCUUUCCCCGCCUCCUCCACACUUCCACAGGCAACGCACCAAACAAUCGAAAAUCAAUUUAACACCGUUUACAGCACAGAACACGCUGCCGGGACAGUUUAUACCCAUUAUUUAUACGCCAGUGAGCAGCAGCAGCAGCAGCAGUAGUGGCAGUAGCGGCUCCACUAGUGCCAAACACUCCAUAAACAGCAACAGCAACAACAACGAUCCCCAUAAUGGCAAUACAAUCAAUUACAAUAACAACAACAACAAUCAACAGCCUGCAGAAAUAGUAUACGAGCAGCAUAAAAAUUCCCAUCAAACACAAAUCGUUACGGACUAUGCAUCAUCAUCUUCCGAGGAGCAACCUCCGGCAGCUGGCGAGGAUGAGGCACCAGCGCCAGCACCCGUAGCUGCUCUGCCGGUGCAGCCAACAGCUGGCAUCACUUUUCAUGUUUACAAUGAAGAGCAGCCCGCAGAGCGGCCCCCCACAACAUCCGCAUCCUCAUCAUCAGCGUCAUCGGCACUGGCGGGGACCAGCGCUUUGAUUAUACACCACAAAUCGCCCAACAGCUAUGGCUCCAGCUCCAGCAAAUACGAGAGCUACUUCAACAUGGCACCACCCUCGGAUCAACAGCUGACCAUGCAACAGAAAUAUGUGCUCUACUUGCAGCAGCGCAUGAAGCUCCACAAGCAGGAGCAACAGAAUCAUCUACAGCACCAGCAACAAACAUCUUAUCAAUCAUCAUCUCACAUAGCUCCUGACGAGUACCAUCAACCGCCUAAGUACAAUGCGCUCUACGGGCGACCUGGAGAGCAGGUGCUUCACAUACCCCUGCGGGCACUCAUGGGGCAUUUACAUGAGCAGCAGCCGCAAACGCCGCACCUUGAGUUUGUCAAGGAUGCGACGCUUGGCACUCCAUCGCCACCUCCACAACUCAUAGACUACCUCAUUGAUGGACCGCGUCAAUCACUGGAUGAGGAACAUCAGCACGAACAGCCCCAGCGUAGGCCGCCGCCGCCUCCUCCGGCACCAACACGUCUACUGCGUCCUAGUAUACCGCCACCAUCACCACAUGGCUUCAUUUUGGUAACCACAGCAGCACCCCACACCGACCAUCAUACGCCACCACAGCUGCAUGAGUUGCCCGCUCAACGUCCACCGAACCAAUAUAAACAACAGCAGUCCACGCUGCGUCUUCAACCGUUGACGCCGCCGCACAACUACAAGGCCACCAGACGCCCCAUCUAUGUCAGUACGCCGCCUCCAUCCACACCCCAUCAAAUGGUCGAGAUCACGCCCAAAUAUGUGUACGUGACUAGGAAGCCAUCAGUGACCAAUGAGCCUGGAAGUAGAGCUCCACCGACCUCGACACCCAUCAAGCUCAAGCCGUCCCACAAAUACGAGCAUGUGGCGGCGCAUGAAACUGUUGGUCCACCACCUGCUCCAUCUGCCCCUGUUCCCCUUCCUCCAGCAGCAAGACCGAGGCCCACCUAUGUUGAUUCUAAUGAUGAGGAUCAGCUACCAGACAUACGCACUUCAUCGUUGGCAGAGAUUCUACACAAGCUACAGGCUAGCAAUCACCUGCCGCAAACCUUGACUCCUGAUAACAUAGAUAAUUCCAUCAAGACAUUAAUACGCAUUCUGCAGAACUUGAAACAAACGCAAAGCAUCGCGUCAAGCCCGCCUCAGGAUCAUGAGACAGCAGUGGCUGGGGACUACGAUUAUAAUACGGGUACUGAGGAGCACUCUACAACGACGGCCCAAGCACAGGAUAUGGAUUUGGCUGGACUCGUGCCAUUGGCGGGGCCAAAUAAGCAUCCUGGUCCCAGCACUGGUCGUCCAGGCAUAGACUAUCCCAACUAUGCAGAGAUUCCGAAGACUAGCUUUGAUUGCACCGAACAGCGUUACAAGGGGUUCUUUGGUGACCCCGAAACGAACUGCCAGGUGUGGCACUAUUGUGAUCUAAAUGGUGGCAAGGCUUCCUUUCUAUGCCCCAAUGGCACCAUCUUUAGUCAAAUUGCAUUGACUUGCGACUGGUGGUUCAAUGUCAAGUGUUCAACCACGCCACAACUUUAUGUUCUCAAUGAGCGUCUCUAUAAAUACAUACUGCCCUUUAAUCCUAAAUUCCCAGAGGACUACAAUGGACCCAUUGUGGAUAAAUACCUAGCUAUGAAAUUCCAAGAAAUGGAGGAAAAAAUGCGUUUGGAGAAGGAGCGCAAAAGUAAGCAACAGGCAGAGAAACCUGAUGCUAGUGAAGAUGCCGCAACGCCUUCAUUGCCCAAGAAUCACAAGCCAUUUCCAAAGCAUGGCGUCAAUGCGCAAGUUUACGAGCAAAGUUCCGAGCGCAAUCUACUUAUCGACGAUGAGAUUGAUGAUAUAUCGGAGCGCGGCACUUACGACAACUAUGAGUUGCAACAUCCAACCACAUUGUCCACCCCAACGACCUCACACGAAACACUGUCGCUCAGUCUCAAGCCAAUUGUGGUAUCUUCAACACCGGAGCCAGAACUGGAUUCGGAGCCCGGGGGACCCGAAAGCGCCGAGGAGGACAAAUUACAAAACUUGAGGGAUACGAGUGCUGCACAGCAACAGCAACGAAAACAAGUGGCACAACCAACGCCCCCGCGAGAGACCACAAAAGUGAGCGUAGAAAGACUGGAAGUAAUUGAAAUUAAAACCGAUGGUCACACUGGCCAACUAAUGCCCGUGACAAGCAGUGCAUCGAAAUCUGUAGAAAGUAGCGAGCAAACACGCAAAUAG